UCAUUUCUGAAAGCCAUAUCCCUCCUGUUCCUCAUCCAUCAAAAGAGUAAGUCCAACAAUGCCGCCCAAGUUCGAUCCAACGCAAGUCGUGGAUGUCUUCGUCCGCGUCACUGGCGGUGAAGUCGGAGCCGCCAGUUCCCUGGCGCCGAAGAUCGGUCCACUGGGUCUCUCUCCCAAAAAAAUUGGUGAAGACAUCGCGAAAGAAACCGCCAAGGACUGGAAGGGUCUCCGUGUGACCGUCAAGCUCACCGUCCAGAACCGUCAGGCGAAAGUCAUGGUCGUCCCGUCGGCCGCGGCUCUGGUGAUCAAGGCGUUGAAGGAACCCGAGAGGGACAGGAAGAAGACCAAGAACAUCAAGCAUAACGGGAACAUCAGCCUGGAUGACGUCAUCGAGAUCGCCAAAGUAAUGAGGCCGAGGUCUAUGGCUAAGGAUCUGAGGGGGACGGUGAAGGAGAUUCUGGGGACUUGCGUCUCUGUUGGAUGCACCGUUGACGGGAAAGACCCUAAGGAUUUGCAGCAGGAAAUCGAUGAUGGCGAUGUUGAUGUUCCUCUGGAGUGAGAAUGCUUGUUUCCUUGUUAUUAAUGCUGUUCUCCCCUUUUCCGCUGUUUAGUUUUGUUUAAUUUUAAGGGUUUUAGACAAUUUGCUGAUAUUUAUUUUGACAGUGGGAGGUUUAUUUUUAUGUCAAUUUAGAUUACUUUUAACUAUUAUGGAUCCUCAAAUCGCACUAGAUGUGAUGCUUAUUUAUAUUGUUUCUUUAAA